AUGCUGAGCUUCUCCUCCUCCUCCAAUGGCGCAGCAGGGUUGGGUCUGUGCUCAGGUGCCAGCAAGAUGCAGAGUGUGUUGUCGAGGGUGAGGGGGCCUUUCACUCCCACGCAGUGGAUGGAGCUGGAGCACCAGGCCCUGAUCUACAAGCACUUCGCGGUCAAUGCCCCUGUGCCGUCAAGCUUGCUCCUCCCUAUCAAAAGAAGCCUCAAUCCAUGGAGUAGCCUUGGCUCCAGCUCAUUAGGAUGGGCACCAUUUCGUUCUGGCUCUGGUGACGCAGAACCAGGAAGAUGCCGCCGCACAGAUGGCAAGAAGUGGCGGUGCUCUAGAGAUGCUGUUGGGGACCAAAAAUACUAUCCGACCAUGGUUGUUUCUGGUGGUUCAUUGUUGUACAGCCAUGCUGUGGCUUGGCAGCAGCAGGGCAAAAGCUUAGCUGCUAAUAUGACUGAUCCGUUCUCACUAGUGUCCAACAGGAAUUUGCUGGAUAAACAGAAUAUAGGCGACCAGUUCUCUGUAUCCACUUCCAUGGAUUCCUUUGACUUCUCAGCGUCACAUUCUUCCCCAAACCAUGACAAAGUAGCAUUUUCACCGGUGGAUAUACAGCAUGAACAUGAUCAGCUGUAUCUUGUGCAUGGAGCAGGCAGUUCAGCAGAAUACGUUAACAAGUCUCAGGAUGGUCAGCUACUGGUCUCCAGGGAAACAAUUGAUGAUGGACCUCUAGGCGAGGUUUUCAAAGGCAAGAGUUGCCAGUCAGCAUCUGUGGACAUCUUAACUGACCAAUGGACUUCAACUUGUGAGUUGCAUUCUCCAACCGGAAUCCUACAAAUGUCUAGUAGCAACACAGUGCCAGUAGAGAACCACACAAGUAACAAUAGCUAUCUCAUGGCGAGGAUGGUGAAUUCUCUGACGGUCCCAACACUCCACUAA